AUGGGCUUCAAGAAAGUACCUGAUAGGGGAUCGGAUGAGGAGUUUCCCAAUGUUCGGGAGGCCUCCUGGUCUAGUGGGGCCAAGAAACGAAAGAGAGGGCGGCCGAGGAUCCACAAACUUCCUGCAGAAUCAUCAUCAACAAACCUCCCUCAAACAACGACUUACUCUUUCCAAAACCAUGAACACAACAUUCUGGAAGAAGAAAUACCUCAUUAUCCGGGAGAUCUAACUGAUCAGCAGGUACUUGAUAACCUGAGACAGCUAGAUGACGACAGAACGGGAGGAAAGUCUCAAAAUGAUUACCUGAGGGAAUGGCUCCCGAAACGAGAGGUGUAUCUUGGAACAAUGAUUGGAGGAGAAGCCCCGGAUCCGGAUCUGAAUGGACAGUGUCAGCAAUGUCAAGGAAUGUCUGGAGUGUGGAGAUGUUGCCAAUGCUUUGGCUCUAGAAUUUUGUGUUCUGAAUGCCUGCGAAGAAACCAUCAAUUUACACCUUUCCACCGCGUUGAGAAGUGGACGGGUCUAUAUUUCCGUCCGGGAGCUCUGUGGGAAGUGGGUGUCAAGUUGUAUUUGGGUCAUAAUGGGAAACGUUGUCCUUAUCCCACGGAUCCGAGCCACCUAGGAUGGGACGGCGGAAACAAUUCAUCCGGGAGUCAUGGGCACGGCGGAAACAAUUCGCCCGUCUUUGAAGAUGAACACGGAUUGGACCUGGAUCCGCUUCCUGCGAGCAAUGACCAAGAAUCCUUUACGGCUCAGCUUCUGGCGGACCCGGAGGUACCCCAUUUGGUUGAGCUGGACGAUGGAGACGAUGAAGACGAUGAUCUAUUCGAGGAAGUCGAUACAACCUAUCUGGACCAACCUCGUCCAAAGGCAGCAGACAACAAUGGAAUUCCUUUCAAGGCAAUUGUGCACACCUCCAGAGUCCAUUAUCUGCCCGUGCGAACAUGCACAUGCCGGUCCGUCCGCCUUCCGUCUAUCGAUUUACAGUAUCUGGAGAUGGGAUUAUUUGCAGCCAGCUUUGAAAACGUUCAAACUGUGUUCACAGUUGAGGUCCUUGAGGACUUUCGGAUGGACAACCUCGAGUGCAAAACGUCGGCUUAUCAGUAUUACCAAAAGUUGCGAAGACUGACUUCGCCAGCGUUUCCAAAAAAGGUGCUGAACCGCUAUCGUGAAUUGAGAAGGCUUAGUAGAGAAUACAGGGACCUUGUCCUGAGACGACAAUACGGAGAAGGGCAUACAAGAGAAGUGGUGGUCCCUUACUAUCGUCAUUGCCAUGAUUCAUCACCAGAGAGGAUGGGUAUUAAUGUAUCUAAUCCAAUUGACGGCGGAUCUGAUAGUCCGUCUCAAGAAGUCGGAAUGUCAACGGACCCGUCUCUGGGACACGGCGGAUUAGAUGGUCCGCCUGUACCACAAAUGACGCGGACCGAGGAUCAUCCCGAAGUUGAAGAUAGGAGAGGGAAGUUGGCCUUAUUCUGCCCCGCCUGUCCACAGCCUGGAAUAAACCUACCUGAUACCUGGAUUGAUGAUGCUGAUAGGCAAGUUUUAGUUAUUCUUCAAGGGUGA